AUGCCAAGCUACGCUGAUUGUACGGCUGUCAGCCCGUUGUGCCCUGUGGAGGCUACCACCUACGGCUACUAUCCCAACUUUGGCGGCAAUGUCUUCUUCGCGGUGUUUUUCGGUGUUUUGGGUGUGUUCCAGAUCGGCUUUGGAAUCUACUUUCGGACCUGGUCCUUCAUGGUCGCCUUGGGCGUUGGCGCCCUGAUGGAAAUGGCUGGAUAUAUCGGCCGAGUUCUGAUGAAUGCCAACCCUUGGAACGAGGGUGCCUUCAAGUUGCAGAUUGUGUGUCUGGUGCUGGCACCGACCUUUAUCGCAGCAGGUGUCUAUCUCACUCUCAAGCAUAUCGUGUUGAACCUGGGAUCGGAGCACUCCAAAUUGAAGCCGCGUCUAUUCACCUGGAUUUUCAUCAGCUGCGAUGUGGGAUCAUUGAUUCUGCAGGCGGCGGGUGGCGGCGUUGCGGCGGCCGCUGGGAAGGAUGAACGGCGCCUGCUGAAGGCGGGUGACAACAUCAUCAUCACGGGUAUCGCAUUCCAGGUGGCCACCAUGGCAGUUUGUGGUCUACUGGGCCUCCACUUCUUCUGGCGCGUCUUCCGCAGCGGCAAUGGCUUGGUGGGCGAGAAGUCCCUGGACGAUCCUACGCCAGCGAUUCCUCCCCAGCGGAUGCGACUCGUGAUCGUUGCGGAAAUUGUGGCCUACCUAACAAUUCUGAUUCGAUGCAUAUAUCGUAUUCCCGAAAUGGCUGGAGGCUGGGGUAGCGCGCUGAUGCAGAUGGAGGACGAGUUCCUCGUUCUGGAUGGAAUGAUGAUUGCUCUGGCUUGUCUAUCCUUCACCCUCGUCCACCCGGGUCUUUCCAUUCCUUCGAUGCGCUCUGGACACAAGAACCGCGCCUAG